GAUGAGUUGACGAUCAUGCCAACUAACUUAUCUUUAAAGCUCAAGAACAUCCGAAGAAAAUCUGUGAAUAAUCAAUUUGAAUUUCGACUCGAGGAAAAGAACAUGGGUUCCUCAAUAUGGCUGAUUCUUCUUUUCUUUAUUGUUCCUAUAGUUUUAGACAGGCUUGUUGCUCCCACCAUAGCCCAAGAUGACGGCCUAUGCACUAUGGCAGCUGAAUUCUGCUGGAAAUGUUCCGAUAUCGGCAAUUAUGCUAAUGGCAGCGUCUACCAACAAAACCUGAACAGCCUCCUCGCCUCCUUCUCUUCCAACCAAUCCGACUCUGGCUUUUACAACUCCUCUCUUGGAGAAGACUCCAACAAAGUGAAUGCAAUUGCAUUGUGCAGAGGAGACCUCGGACUUGAAUCGUGUCGUAGCUGUGUCAGCGACUCUGCUGAGAUUAUCCUGCGAAAUUGUUCGGGGAACAAGGAAGCAAUCUUAUGGUCAGAGCCUUGUAUGUUAAGGUACUCGCAGAACUUAAUAUUUGGUAUUGAGGAAGAGGACCCUGUCAAGUAUGUGCCCAGCCCGAACAACGCGUUAAACGCGACAACGUUUGGGCUGGUGCUUAACCCCGUGUUGGAAACUUUAAGAGACAGAGCUGCUUCAGUGAAUUCUAGUAAAAAAUUUGCAGCGGGACAUGCAACUGUUCCAGGAGGUGAAACGAUAUAUGCACUUGUGCAGUGUACUCCGGAUAUAGACAAAGGAAAUUGCAGUAAUUGCCUUCAGAAUUGCAUCUCUGCUAUUCCACGAUGUUGUGGUGGAAUGCAAGGAGCUAGAAUUCUUAAACCAAGCUGUAAUAUAAGGUAUGAGGUCAGUCAAUUCUAUGAGUCUACAGCUGAUUCAGUAGUAAAUGUUUCAGCUCAAGUUACUCCAACAACUCCAGCUCCACUUCCACCUAAGCAAGGGCAGAAGAGUAACACAAAAAAAACUAUUAUCAUCAUCAUUGUGGUUGUCAUUGCUUUUGUAACUAUGCUUCUCGGUGGCUUAUGCAUUUUCUUACGAGUCAAGCAACCAAGGGUAAAACUUGAAACUGUACCUUUUUCAGAUCAUGAUACUUCCGAAGAAGUUAGUUUCGUGGAUUCAUUACAGUAUGAUUUUGAAAAUAUAAGAUCCGCAACGGAUGACUUUUCUGAUGAAAAUAAGCUUGGCCAAGGUGGAUUUGGAGCUGUUUAUAAGGGUAGGCUACUGAACGGACAAUAUAUUGCUGUGAAAAGACUCUCCAAGAGUUCUGAACAGGGUGAUCGUGAAUUUAAAAAUGAAGUCAUGUUACUUGCUCAACUUCAACACCGAAACUUAGUAAGGCUCUUAGGGUUUUGCUUAAAAGAAGAGGAAAGGCUCCUCAUUUACGAAUAUAUACCUAAUACAAGUCUUAAUCACUUCAUAUUUGAUCCAAUCAAUCAUGGGCAUUUGGAUUGGGAAACACGUUACAAAAUCAUAGGAGGAAUUGUUCGUGGUCUUCUUUACCUCCAUGAAGAUUCUCGACUUCGAAUUGUUCAUCGCGAUCUCAAACCUAGCAACAUUUUGCUAGGUGAAGAUAUGAACCCUAAAAUUGCAGAUUUUGGUACGGCAAGAUUGUUUGUUAUGGAUCAAACUCAAGGAGAUACAAAAACCAUUGUUGGUACCUAUGGAUAUAUGGCGCCAGAAUAUGCAAUUCAUGGCCGCUUUUCUGUCAAAUCGGAUGUCUUCAGUUUUGGCGUGUUAGUUCUUGAGAUAGUUAGUGGUAAGAAGAUUGGUAGUUUCCAGAAUGGUGAAAAUGAAGAGGACCUUCUAAGCUAUGCCUGGAAAAAUUGGAGGGAUGAUACAAUUUCAAAUAUUAUAGAUCCCAUGUUGACAACAGGUUCAAGAAAUGAAAUGAUCCGAUGCAUCCACAUUGGUUUGCUAUGUGUCCAAGAAAAUGUGAAUGACAGACCAACCAUGGCUUCAGUUGUUUCCAUGCUUAACAGUCAUUCUCUCACCAUCUCAGUACCAUCCAAACCUGCAUAUUAUUCGCAUUACAACUCUGAAUCAAACAUAGACACAUCUGGUACAUCUGAAAGCUUUAUUUAUGUGUCAAAAAAUGUGGUUUCAAAUAUUACUGAACCAUACCCACGCUAGGGGCCAAGUGUUUAAAUUUACUUCAGUUUAUGGAGAUCGUUUAUUUGUUUAAGUGAGCAUUUGAAGCUAGUUUCUUCCAUCAAAAUAACAAAAAGUAUGUAAUGAUUUCAGUUGAAUUGAGGUUACUUAUGGUUAA